UACAAACUAAAUUGAUUCUAUAUAAUAGCUAGAUAAUAACUUUUAAUGGGGGAUGUAUAUUUUUCUCACUUCCUUUUAAAAUCUUUAAUCCAGUGUCUUUUUAGCUUAUAUAUUUAAAUUAAUUUCAAAGAGCUUGUACAAUUACUUCUAAAUUUUAACCUAAUUUUAAAACUUAUUUUUGAUUAUUUUUAUAUGUGUAUAUAUAUUCAUAAAUACUAAAUUUACUAAAUAUCAAUAAGUUGAGAUUUUAAAAUUGUAUAGCAAAUUUCUAAUUUUUUUCUGAUGAUCGAGUAUGUUUGCAUUAACUUAUUAAGUACAUACGUACCAAUACAAUGUAAACUCUCUCAUGUUUUCUUAAUGAAUCGUUACUUUUCAUAAUAUUUUUAAUAUCAAUUCACGUGUACACCCGUAUGAUUCCUCUUGCCAACCCGACAGCUCCAUUGAAGAAGACAAAUAUAAGUAAUUUAUUUAUUAAAAAAAUUGUUGACCAAAAGAAAUUGUAUUAAAAAUUUACACUAAAAUCAUUUUCCUGGCUAAAUUCUUAGUGGAAUCUACCGACUUUCUCGGACACCAAACACUCGGAAAUUUCCAUAUGACAUACCACACGAUCUCUCCAACGAUUAAAAUAAAAAAAGAGAAUAUAAUUAUUUACCUAUAAAUAACUCCAUUAGCAUAAUCAUCUCCAAGUAAACCAAGGAAGAAAAGAAAACUUGAGGUACUAAUCAACCAAAACCUAAAAUGGCUACAAAACAUAUAGUUCUAUGCUGCUUUCUAACGUACGCCUUUGCUACGGCCACAGCAUUAUCGGAAGGUGAUCCCCCGGUAGCAAGGAAGUUCGGUGGGCACGGCUGGCCAAGAGAGGAGGCAGAAGCACCUGAGAUUUCACAUUCAGAAGCAACUGUACGGCGAGGCCACCACCAUUCUACUGUGGACAGAUCGGUGGCCGGCGGUGGAGUUAUUCUUGGCGGUUUAGCAACUACGUUUCUUGUGGUGGUGUUUUGUUAUCUAAGGGCCACCAGGAAACACAAACCCAAUUUUGCUGACGAGACAGGGACUCCUAAGGUUUUAGUUUGAUUUUUUUGUGUCAGUAGUGUUUCUAUUGUAAAUGUUUAAUGUUCGUUAAUUUCAUUUAUAAGACUUUGUGAUAUAAAGUUUAUUUCGAUUUGGUAUCUUCUCAAUUAGUAAUACAGCUCUGAAUCUCCUGACAAUUAUUUAUCUUUUUCUGCUUUUGUUUUCAGUUUAAUUCAAGUUUUAUUAUUGCUCACUUCAGUUUUUUAGCCAAAAGGUUUUAUUCUUGCUAAUGCUAAUAAACUAAAAACUAAAGAAUCAUGUGAUAUAUGUAAAAAUACUGAAUUUGUAAGUACUUGUUUACGCUACAACUAUUUGACAGCUAAACAGUUAACUAUUUUCACCUCUGUUUGUUUCGCGCAUAUGAAUUAGUUUUAAACUGCUAUGCUUCCAAAUUCGUAUAAGUAAGAUUAUGUAGAAACACAGUAGCACUUUUGAGAAAUACGUUGAAAUAGAUAUAUAUAUAUAUAUAUAUAUGCAUUUACACAUAUGCAUUUUGUCAAAAAUAGAGACAGUACAGUAUCGAUCAUUUAAGAAGAAAACAAUACCUUUCUCGGCCUUUUGGCUAAGAUCAAGUGUAAUAUCUGUUUUUAUCAGUUUAAUAUCUGAUAUGUGAUCCAUCUGAUCACACAAUAUUAAUUCUAUUUUUAAGAGAGAAAAUCCACUAAGGUAGC